AAUUAGAACUAUUAGAUGCAGAAGAAGAAUAUGUUAUUGAGAAACAAAUUAAUGAGCUAGAAACAAAUGAUGAUUUCAAAAUGUUGCAAAAAAUAUUAGAUGAAUUAAUUAAAGAAAAUGGAGAUUUAAAAAAAUUAAAUUUUAACAAUUCUAAACAAAUAAUUGAGCUAAACAAACAAAUGGGGUUUUCAAAUUCUAAAAGGUUGAAGGAUAAAAAGAAUAAAGAAUUUCAAGAAGUGAAAGAGAGACCGAGAAGUAGCCAAAAAAGUAUUCAAGAUCUUAAAUUAAUUCAGCAACAACUUCAAAAGCAUCGCUAA